UCACAUGAAGUUAAGAAACUAGCUAGAAGAUGCAAUGAUUUUACUUAGAUUUGAGUUAAUUACUUAGUCUUCUAUCUACUAUAGUUGUUUUUCUCUGGUCUACUCCAUAGCUGAGACCAUCUCUAUCUCAUCUCAUAUUACCCAAACCCAAUUCCCUAACUCCAUCUCCGAUCCAUCUUCAUCAACCUAUACCUAAUUAAGAAACACUUUUGAGAAGUUCAAUAGAUCAAAUGGCUUUAGAAGCUGUAACCAGUCUAAUCAAAAUAGUAGAGCAAGACCUUAUGGAGCCCAAACUGCUUGUGAUUUUUGAUGCUGGAGGAAUGAAGGUGUGGCUGCUCAAAACCAUCGAGUUGCUGUCUGCCAAGCUCUGCAUUUUGCAAGCAUUUUUGGAGGAGCGGCGUGAGAUGAAAUUACCCGAUUGGCGUAUUGAAGAUAAUGAAGUUGCUCGAAUGUUUUAUGAAAUAAAAUCUAAACUGGAACUAGUCUAUUCGGAAGCUAAAUGCCAGCAUCUUCGUGGGACCUUGGAAAUAAUGAAAAGAAAAAUUGUGGGAGUUGAAGAAAGGAUGCUGGUGACAAAAAAAGCAACUGCUCUAUACCUUGAUGAGGAAAAGAACAUCACUGUUUGGGAUACCUACCGAAGUGCUUUAGACCCUCAGAAUGAAGUAAUUGUAGGAUUACAGGGUGACAUAGAGAGGAUAGUUAACUGCCUCUGUUAUUCACACUUUAUGAGAUCAGUUUUCACCAUUUUGAGGAAUAGUAACAUUCAUAAGUUUCAGAAAUAUGUUGAAAACCCUGUGCUGAAACUACAAGUUAUUCCACUUGUUGGCGAAGGAGGCAUAGGAAAAACUACAUUAGCCAAAAGAGUCUAUGGACAUCCAAUCACUAUUGCUAGCUUUGACAUUCGAGCGUGUGUAGUUUUGUCUCAGGUUCUUAACCUCAAAGAGAUUCUCAUUGGUCUAUUACGUUGUAUUUCACCGAUAACAAGUGAAAUCUACGACAUAGAUGAUGCUCAAAUAGCUAAGCAAUUAUGCACAAGUUUGAUGGGCAAGAAAUAUUUAAUUUUCUUGGAUGAUGUAUGGACCACUGUUGCAUGGGAUGCCAUCAAAAGUUAUUUUCCAGAGAAUUUUAAUGGAAGCCGGAUCUUAGUAACUACUCAAUGCAAAAAGGUGGCUAAGUACUUAAGUGCAGAUCCCUACCAUGUGAAGUAUCAAACUUUUGAGAAUCUAUGGAAAUUAUUUUCAAGGAAAGUGUUUGGGCAAAGCCGAUGCAUUCCUAGGGAAUAUGAGUUAAUUGGGGAUCGCAUUGUUCUUGGUUGUAGUGGAUUACCACUAGCAGUUGUUGUGAUUGCUGGACUUUUGGCAACAGCAAACGAGUCUAUAGAAAUAUGGAGAGAUGUUGCAAAAACUUUGGAUGGAGUUAAUACAUAUGAUAGCCACAACAGAAUUUCAAAUAUACUUUCAUUGGGCUACAACUACUUACCUAAUCACUUGAAACCUUGCUUUCAUUAUUUUGGUGUGUUUCCUGAAGACAAUGUCAUUCAUGUUAAGAGACUAAUCAACUUAUGGGUUGCGGAGGGACUUUUAAUACCACAUAAAUAUAUGAGUUUAGAAGAAGUGGGAGAGAGUUACUUGGAUGAUCUCAUUAAUAGAAGUCUAAUUCAAAUUAAUGAGCUGAGUAUUGAUGGCAAAGUUAAAUCAUGUAAGGUUCAUGAUCGAGUGCAUGAGAUUUGUGUGAGAGAAGCAAUAAAUGAGAAUACUUUGUUCAUUAUCAAUGACAAUCAUGCUCCAAAAGCAAGUCAUUGGUUAAGUUGUCAAGCAAGUCAUUGGCCAAUCACUCAAGUGAAUUAUGGGAAUUGCAGUCCAGAUAAAAUUCAUUCCGUUCUCUGCUUUGGAAAAGAUGUAUACCGUUCAAAAUGCAGGUUGGUAUACCCAUGUUUGAAAUUGCUAAGAGUAUUGGAUUUAUCAUUAGUUAAAUGGUCACAAGGCAUGCCUAGUGAAAUAACAGAUUUGGUUCAUUUGAGAUACUUGGCUUUAAAUACUAUUGGUUCUCUUUACAAGCUUCAAUUUUUCAAGCUUAAAAAUUUGCAAACUCUCAUAGUUACUUCGUGGAUGGAAAAAUGUCCUUUGCAACUGCCAUGUGAUAUUUUAGAUUUGCCGAAAUUGAGGCAUUUGCAUGUUGACAAGAGAUGUUCACAAUAUCUCCCUUGCUUAGUCAAAACAAAUCUACAAACCCUCUAUUGGUUGAAAGUUGCUAGAUCUGACAAAAAACCAAACUUUAGAAUGGUUCCCAACCUAAAGGAACUUGGGAUUUACAUUGAAGGCCAAUUGGUGCCUUGGUAUCUAGGGAGCCUUGUGAAUUUACAUGUACUUGAGAAGCUAAAGUUUGAAGUAGGAAGAGUCGAGCGCUUUUAUCUUCCAACAAGUUUUCCACCAAAUCUUAAGGAGUUGACACUUCGUUGUACUUAUCUUCCAUGGAAGGAGAUAGACAGAAUUGGCGAGUUGCCGCACCUUGAGGUGCUGAAACUAAAAGAUUUCGCCUUUUAUGGCCCAACGUGGGAACCAUCGGAGCAGGGCUUUCGAGAAUUAAAGGCACUUCUUAUUUCACGUUCAAAUCUCAAACAUUGGAAUGCAAGUUCUAAUAAUUUUCCAGUUUUGGAGCGCCUAGUCUUAAGAUAUUGUUGGGAAUUGAAAGAAGUUCCACUUGAGUUUGCAAAUAUUGGAACACUGAAGUUAAUUGUGUUAGAAUGUUGUUAUUCUUCACUUGUGACUUCUGCGAAUCGGAUUUCUUCUGCGAAGAAGUACUUAUUAGGGGGAACAGCGUAUUGUCCACUUCAUGUUCGAAAAGUUGGAACUAAGGAUGAAUUGCCUAUUAUUGAAAGAUCUGAAGAUGAAACUGUUGGAGGAUUGUGCCAGCUCAGCUGCAUGUGUGGAGUUCAAUAACGUUAUUUAGUUGUAUUUGUUCGCUGCUUUACGGUUACUUUGGCUACUUCAUUAUAUACUGUACAUAUUUGGUUGACUUUCAGUUUGGAAUAACACAUUCUAUUCUAGAUCGAGCCUUUUUUUCUUGGACUAAAAGUGGCAAAUUUUCAAAGUCGUUAGGUAUUAAAUGUAGUCAAUUUUGGAAGUUGGUAAUCACAAAAGUGGAAAAUCCAACAGUCAGUCUAGUUGAGGGACUAAAACAGGAAUCCAAUAGUUGAAUCUAUCAGUUACUUAGCGUGACACAGCUACCUACGCCGACAUGUGUAUGUGUACAGGAACGGGUGCGGGUAAAUGCACCAUUUAUUGUAACUUUGUCCAAAGAGGUUAUUCUGAUCUGUUGCAAUUGAAUUUGAGCUUCACUUUAUCUUUCAGCUUGUAGGUUCCUGGCUGAAGUUUAUAAGGUCUUCAUUGCUGAAUAAGUUCUCUGUUGCUUUCACGAGUUCAUGCACUGGAUAAUGUUGAUAAAUAUAGCCACUUGUCCAGUCCAAUCUAGAUUGGUGGCUGGUGAUCUGUCUCUUUGGUUGGGAAUUCGCCUAAUCACUUUCGGGAGAAAACAAACAGAGAGGAUUUCUUGCUGUAAUUCUUCAAGUGCAGCUCAGAGGUGCAUCAAUAUAAGAUGUUGUAUUUUUGGUUUCUAUUUGAUCUGAACAAUUCAACUGUGUGGGUUUUGAUGUUUUUAUGCUCCAAUGACACCAUGGCUAAGUUGUAAUAAUUCACUGUUCAAUUCAGUAUUCUUUUACAACAUAUUAGAAUGCCUUUUGGUGCCAAUGAAA